CACGCGACUGCACCGAGACUCCCCAUCAACUUGGCUCCCCAGUUCUCCGGAGGGGGAGAGGGCUGGAAAUAUUUCGAGGGGAAAUGGCAACUCCACCGUUCGGCUUCGGGACAUCAUUAGAGGGAGACGCGAAUUUGUCCCGGGUGACAGUGGACGGGGAACGGUGUGUUUGUGGAGUCCGAGCGCUCUAGGUUUGGAUCCGAGGCCGGUCUGUGCCAAGUGGCUUUCUGCCAUGUCGCCGCUUGCAGCUGAGUCAGGAUUCUUCUUCAGUAGCUCUCCUUUGGAAUGAUAUUUUCAUAAUGAGCCAACAAGGUUAUGUGGCGACACCCCCAUAUUCUCAGUCCCAGCCUGGAAUGGGUCUUUCUCCCCCUCAUUAUGGACACUAUGGGGAUCCGUCCCGUGUAACUUCUCCACCAGGCACAAUGAAGCCAUCAGCGCCUUUGGGCGCCAUUGCGCCUCCGGGGAUGUUGCCCCCAGGCCCUUUACCUCCUGGACCCCCACAGUUUGGCCCAAAUGGAGCCCAUGCCCCUGGCCAUCCUCCCCAAAGAUUUCCAGGACUUCCACCUGUCAAUAAUAUGGCACCCUCUUAUGCAUCAGGCCAACCCCUGCCACCAUCAUCUUACCCAGGCCCUGGGUCCACUUCCUCUGUAACCCAGCUGGGCAGUCAGUUCGGCUCCAUGCAGAUCAACAGCUACGGUGUGGGCAUGACCCCCCAGAGCCAGGGUCCCCCUGGCCCUCAGUCGGCAGGCUCCUUCCAGGGACAGCCACAACCUCCACAGCCAUCUAUCUUGCAGCCAGGAUCUCAGGUUCCACCACCGCCCCCCACCGCCCUGAACGGCCCUGGUGCUGCUCUUAUGUCUCCACCAACUCACAGGCAGGAUGGACUUCCUGGGCCUACCCCUCUGAAUGCCCAGUACCAGCCCCCACCUCCAGCAGGCCAGACCCUGGGUGCUGGCUACCCUCCACAGCAAGCAACCAACUAUGGACCACAGAUGGGAGGUGCACAGCUGUCUUACCCAGGAGGCUUCCCUGGAGGCCCUGCACAGAUGGCCGGCCCACCACCACAGCUCCAGAGGAAGCUGGAUCCUGACUCCAUCCCCAGCCCUAUUCAAGUGAUCGAGAAUGACAGGGCCACCAGAGGUGGACAAGUCUACACUACCAACACCAGAGGCCAGGUGCCUCCACUGGUCACUACAGACUGUGUGAUUCAAGACCAAGGCCACUCGAGCCCCCGGUACAUUCGCUGCACCACCUACUGCUUCCCCUGCACAUCUGACAUGGCGAAGCAAGCUCAAAUCCCACUAGCUGCUGUCAUCAAACCCUUUGCUGACAUUCCAUCAAAUGAGACCCCCUUGUACUUGGUAAACCAUGGUGAGAGCGGGCCAGUGCGGUGCAACAGAUGCAAAGCCUACAUGUGCCCGUUCAUGCAGUUCAUUGAAGGCGGAAGGCGCUAUCAGUGCGGAUUUUGCAACUGUGUGAAUGAAGUUCCUCCAUUCUAUUUCCAACAUCUGGACCACAUUGGAAGGAGAGUGGACCACUAUGAGAAGCCAGAGCUGUCCCUGGGAUCCUAUGAAUAUGUCGCUACUUUGGAUUACUGCAGAAAGAAUAAGCCCCCCAACCCACCAGCCUUUAUCUUCAUGAUUGACGUCUCGUACAGUAACAUAAAGAAUGGCCUCGUCAAGCUCAUCUGUGAAGAAUUGAAGACUGUGCUGCAGAGACUGCCCAAGGAAGAGCAUGAGGAGACAUCUGCAAUCCGAGUUGGUUUUAUCACAUACAACAAAGUUCUCCACUUCUUUAAUGUGAAGAGUAAUUUGGCCCAACCUCAGAUGAUGGUGGUGACGGAUGUUGCAGAGGUUUUUGUUCCUUUGUUGGAUGGGUUUCUUGUCAACUAUCAAGAAUCUCAAUCUGUGAUUCACAAUUUAUUGGACCAGAUUCCCGAGAUGUUUGCUGACUCUAAUGAAAAUGAGACAGUCUUUGCUCCCGUCAUCCAGGCUGGCAUGGAAGCACUUAAGGCAGCAGAGUGCUCUGGGAAGCUAUUUAUCUUCCAUUCCUCCUUGCCCACUGCAGAGGCACCGGGAAAGCUCAAGAACCGAGAUGAUAAAAAGCUGGUUAACACGGACAAAGAGAAGAUACUUUUCCAGCCCCAGACAGCUGUCUAUGAGUCUCUGGCCAAGGACUGUGUGGCUAAUAGCUGCUCAGUGACUCUCUUCCUCUUUCCCAGUCAGUAUGUGGACGUGGCCUCCUUGGGGCUGGUUCCUCUGCUCACCGGAGGAACUCUUUACAAGUACAAUGUUUUUCGGGUAAAUUCAGAUAGCCAACAGUUUUUGAAUGACCUCCGAAAUGAUAUUGAGAAGAAAAUAGGCUUCGAUGCCAUUAUGAGGGUUCGUACCAGCACAGGUUUCAGGGCCACUGAUUUCUUUGGUGGAAUAUUUAUGAACAACACCACAGAUGUAGAAAUGGCAGCCAUCGAUUGUGAUAAGGCCGUGACUGUAGAGUUCAAACACGAUGACAAGCUCAGUGAGGAUGCUGGAGCCUUGAUCCAGUGUGCUGUGCUCUACACGACCAUCGGUGGCCAGCGACGACUUCGGAUCCACAAUCUCGCCUUAAACUGCAGCACCCAGCUAGCAGACCUCUACAAGAGCUGUGAGACAGAUGCCCUCAUCAACUUCUUUGCCAAGUCAGCUUUUAAAGCAGUUUUGAACCAGCCUUUGAAGGUCAUCCGGGAAAUUCUAGUUAAUCAAACUGCCCAUAUGCUGGCGUGUUACAGGAAGCACUGUGCCAGUCCAUCUGCAGCAAGCCAGCUUAUACUGCCAGAUUCCAUGAAAGUACUGCCUGUGUACAUGAACUGUUUGUUAAAAAACAGUGUGCUGCUCAGUAGACCAGAGAUCUCCCCUGAUGAACGGGCAUACCAACGGCAGCUGGUCAUGACCAUGGGUGUGGCUGACACCCAGCUCUUCUUCUAUCCACAGCUCCUGCCAAUACACACAUUAGAUGUGAAGAGCACAGUGCUGCCGGCCGCUGUCCGCUGCUCCGAGUCCCGACUCUCUGAAGAAGGAAUAUUCCUGCUGGCUAAUGGUCUGAACAUGUUCUUAUGGCUUGGAGUGAGUAGCCCACCAGAUCUGAUUCAAGGAAUAUUUAAUGUGCCAUCAUUUGCACAUAUCAACACAGAUAUGACAUCACUGCCUGAGGUUGCAAGUCCACACUCUCAACAGCUCCGAGUGAUAAUGAACAGUAUCCAGCACAAGAAGCCAUACUCAAUGAAGCUCAUCAUCGUGAAGCAGCGAGAGCCGCGGGAGAUGGCUUUCCGACAGUUCCUGGUGGAAGAUAAAGGACUCUAUGGAGGAUCAUCUUAUGUGGAUUUCCUCUGCUGUGUCCACAAGGAGAUCUGUCAACUGCUUAACUGAGGAGUACCCUCCUCUCCCACUGAGGGGGCAUUUCUGAGGAGACCGUCUCCAACCUGGUGCCUAAUUUCCCCAAUGAUAGUAGGCUAGUUUUAAUUUCUUGAUAAUUUUCAGGAUAGCUUGCCAAGACAGCACAUAGACCUUCAGCUUUGGUGCUCGGGUAGCAAGCCCGUGAAGUGUGGUGGUACCAUAAAGGGAACAGUCUAUUUCUGGCUGUCCUACUUCUAACUUCUAAAGCUGACAGUUUGCAUUUCAUAAAUACAUAGUUUACAGAACCAUUCACUGUCUCAAUUUUCUUUCUUUGUGCUAGCUAGAUAUAUAAAUUAUUUUUCAAACUGUAUAGAUUCAUGUUUCCUCUUACUUUUGCCAUGAGAGGAAAAAGAUUUCAUUUUGCCUUACACCUAAUGUUUUUAAAGCUCUGUGACUACAUUGAACAGAUUUUUUUUUCAACUUAAAAUCUGCACAGCAGACUUUAAAAAAAAACCUGUAAUCUGUCUGGUAGAACAAUUUGUAUUCACCUUUUUUUCAUAAUUAUAUAGUCUGUUUAAAAUAUUUUCCAGUUGUUUUGUCUAUAAAACAGUAUCUAUAUUCUUAAUGGUUCUUUGUACAAUUUUGAUGGUUUCUACUUGUAUAUAAUGGAUCUUAACCAGUAUCAAUAAAUUACUUAAUGUA